CCGGUUAAAAAGGUCACCGCUCGCCACCGUCUAAAGUUUAGACUCUAAACGUUUCGCAAAAGAUAGCGAUGGACAUACUUAUAAUGCUCACUGUUUUUUCUGGCCUGUGCGUCAGUGGUUUGACAGAAAAGCAGGAAUCAAAGUGCACUUGUCUUUCAAGGAAUGUUGCUCUUGGAGCAGAAGCAGUCCAAUCUUCAACACCCAGUGAAUCUGGAGUUGCCCAAAAUGCAGUCGAUGGCAAUAGUGAGUCAAAUUACAUGCUCAGGUCCUGCACUCACACUGCAGAGGAGAAAGACCCCUGGUGGAGAGUUGACCUGCAGCAAACCUACAGUGUAACCAGAGUUAUCAUCACUAAUCGAGGAGACUGUUGUGAAGAGAGGAUAGUUGGUGCUCAGAUCCGCAUCGGCAACAGCCUGGAAAAUAAUGGCAACAACAAUAAGCUGGCUGCAACUGUUGGACACAUUCCACCUGGAGGCACAGAAACAUUUGAGUUUAAGCCUAUUGAAGGGCGAUAUGUCAACAUUUUUCUACCUGGGGACAAUAAAAUACUCACACUGUGUGAAGUUGAGGUAUUUUCAGAAAAGGAGAAAACAACUUGCACCUGUCUUCCAAGGAAUGUUGCUCUUGGAGCAGAAGCAGUCCAAUCUUCAACACCCAGUGAAUCUGGAGCUGCCCAAAAUGCAGUCGAUGGCAAUAGUGAGUCAAAUUACAUGCUCAGGUCCUGCACUCACACUGCAGAGGAGAAAGACCCCUGGUGGAGAGUUGACCUGCAGCAAACCUACAAGGUAACCAGGGUUAGCAUCACUAAUCGUGGAGACUGUUGUGAAGAGAGGAUAGAAGGUGCUCAGAUCCUCAUCGGCAACAGCCUGGAAAAUAAUGGAAACACAAAUGUGCUGGCUGCAACUGUUGGACCCAUUCCAUUGGGAGGCACAGAAACAUUUGAGUUUAAGCCUAUUGAAGGGCGAUAUGUCAACAUUUUUCUACCUGGGGACAAUAAAAUACUCACACUGUGUGAAGUUGAGGUAUUUUCAGGGAAUGUUGCUCUUAAAGCCAAAGCUGCCCAAUCUUCAACACCCAGUGAAUCUGGAGCUGCCCAAAAUGCAGUCGAUGGCAAUAGUGAAUCAAAUUACAUACUUGGGUCCUGCACUCACACUGCAGAGGAGAAAGACCCCUGGUGGAGAGUUGAUCUGAAGGAAGUGCACAAGGUAACCAGGGUUAGCAUCACUAAUCGAGGAGACUGUUGUGAAGAGCGGCUAGUUGGUGCUCAGAUCCGUAUCGGCAACAGCCUGGAAAACAAUGGCAACAACAAUGUAUGGGUUACAACUGUUGGCCUCAUCCCACCUGGAGGCACAGAAACAUUUGAGUUUAUUCCUGUUAAGGGGAGAUAUGUCAACAUUUUUCUACCUGGGGAGAAUAAACUGCUUACGCUGUGUGAGGUUCAGAUAUUUGCAGACUAAGUGGAGCAAGAUUAAGUUGCAGUAUACUGCAGUCAGCUGAUCUCAGAAGGGAAAAAAGACCUAAGCAUUUUCUAUGCUAAUAUUGCAUAAACUUAUUUUCAUGAAGAAUGACUAAAAUAUUUCAUGUUGUAUGUAGCCUCCUCCUGCAUACACCUGCAAUUUUAAAUGCGAUAUUAAUGAUUUAGUUUUAUUCCUCAAUGCUUAUGUUAUGCCACUGCUUGAUUAUUGUUAGGAAUAAAAACACAGGCAUGCACAAUUGGUUGUAGUCUGUUUGAUGAAUACUACAGCUACAUGAUAUAAAAGGUAGGCUACGGAAAACCAUAAAUCAAAUAAACAUUCAAAUUUAAUUUAAGAAGCUGGGUAAUCUGGUUGCAAGUAAAAGGGUACAGGGGUUACAGACUAAAUGCUGGUUUAGUUAUUAUAAGCUUAUAUUUCCUAUGCAUUAAAGAAAAAAAUAUUUGUUGGACCAUUAUUUCUUACAAUAGAAAUAAUGAGGCCAAUGAUGUUGACAUUUUUUAGGCUACUGUAAGUUACACUACAUAAAACAUAACACAAAUGGACAGUAAAUGCAGUAAUCACAAAACAAUAAUUUUCUUUAUCCACCUGAGCUACAGUGCAUAAUUUACUCAAUGAUCCUUCCAAGAUGGCUCCUUCAGUUUUUGUGUCUUAAAGCUUGAAUUAUUUGAAUGUUGUGAUUUCUUUGACAAGAGGAGUGAACUACAACCUUGUCCAUUUUAGGUAAGCAUAAUCUUAUAUGCACACUGAGUGAAAAUAUCAAGAUUUGGGAUGUCUAUACACAGCAAAUGAAGGCUGAAUCUCAGU